GCAGCGAGGCGCAACGAGUCGUGUGUACAGACUGCACAGCGAGCGGCCAACAAUUGCUUCCCGUCCGUGCUACCAUCAAGGCGUGUGCGUGUGUAUACUACGAUCCGCGUGUGUCAUUCCCCAAAGUUGAUAGGUGUGGUGUGUGCGUGUGUGUGCGUGUGUUGUAGAAGCGGGUGCAGUGCGUACGCGAAUCUGACGCGUAAUUUUCCAGCAGGAACUAGCAGCGGCAACAGCUUUUACACUGUUUUAUCCCGACCCCGGAAGAUACCCUCCCGCAAGGAAGGGGCUCGUGGGCUCAGCCAAGCAGGAAGCGAAAGACCCGAGAGCGGUGGCCACCAGCAGCAGCCAGCUUCCCCCGCAACGCAUUCCGAUCAACCCACCAGCCGGCAGUAACCGCAGUAACUGUUGCUUCGCCACAGCCGCCGCCCCGACACCACCAUGCAGGACGAGCAGCAGCAGCAGCAGGACGGAGGCGAGGGAGCGACGGUGGGCGGGUCUCUGCUGUCCGACAUUGUGUACGAGAUCGUCAGCAGCCCGGUGAACCUCGCCCUGGUCUGCAUCAUCUCGUUUCUGCUGUACAAGAUCAGCAAGACACGCCAGCCGCCGGCCACGCUGCCGCCGCCGCCGCCCGAGCUGCCCCGGCUCCGGCGCGACUUUACGCUGGCCGAGCUGAAGCAGUACGACGGCACCCAGCCGGACGGCCGGGUGCUGACCGCCGUCAACGGCAACGUGUACGACGUGACGAAGGGCAAGGCUUUCUACGGGCCAGGUGGUACGUACGCAGCGUUCGGCGGGCGGGAUGCAUCCCGCGGGCUGGCCACAUUCCAAAUCACCAGCUCGGUCAGCGACGAGUAUGACGACCUGAGCGAUCUCAACUCGCACGAGAUGGAAUCGAUGCGCGAGUGGGAGAUGCAGUUCAAGGAAAAGUACUAUCUCGUUGGGCGGCUGCUGAAGCCGGGCGAGAAGCCGACCAACUACUCGGACGAGGACGAGGACACACCGACCGACGGUUCGGACGUGCGGAAGCGGGCAGCCGCUGCUGCUACCGCCGCGAAAUCGGCGGACGAACCGGCACGGACAGAAGCAGCAACGUCCGGAUCGACCAGCAGCAGCAGCACCGGCGCCACCGCCCCCGAGAGCCAAGGUGAUGCGGCCGAGGCCGACAAGGCGAAGAGCGAGUGACGGUCCCUGCCCGCCAAAUGUCAGCCGUUGCAGCCCGACGCACUGAUUGACGAUAUGCUUGCCAACCGCAUGAAAGUCAG